AUGGUUCAAUUAGAAGAAAUAUACUUAGCCAAUAUUAUCUUAUUUUUGAAUGAUAUUAAGAGUGUAGAAACAUUUAGUAGUAUUAAUAAGAAAUGUUUUGAUGUGUUAAAUAUAGUUCGUAAAUCACCAUUAUUUAAAUAUGAUAAAAACAAAAUUAAAAGAAAAUGGCAAGUAAACUAUAUUGGUGUUAAACAAUUUAAACUCUUUCCUCAACUCCAAACAUUUGUUGUAGAGAAAGAAUUUGAUCAAUUUGACUUUGUUCCAUCAACUAUUAUGUAUUUAGAAUUUAAAGAAAGAGAAACACCACUACCAAAACACAUUUUAAAUAAAUUAAAGAAUAAAAUUAGUCAAUACAGCUUCAUUGAUGAAGAAAUACCAAGUAGUUUAAAAGAAUAUCCCUCUUUAAAGAGAUUAGUUUUAAGGCCAAUUGGAUGGUUAUCAUUAUCUCAGUUAUUUAUAGAUAAGUCACAUAGAAUUGAGUUGUUAGAAUAUUCAUCAUAUAGAGGGGAUAUAGACAUUAAUUUUUUAAAGGAAAUAGAUGAAUAUAAUAUAGAAAAUGUUGUAAUUGACAUAUCAACGAGUUAUAGAUUAUAUAAUGUUAUUUCUCAAUUAAAGUUAUCUUCAAAAAUUCAUUUAGUUUCAUCAUUUUGUAAUAAUGCUAGUGAUGGUUCUGUGAUUUGUACUUCUCAACCACUUAAAAUUUCAGUACAAUCUACUUCCUUAAUUAAUGAAUUAGUAAUGAAAAAUUACUAUCCUAAUAGUAUUAGAUUUACUUCUUCAAAUAAUCCAAUUCAUUUAGAUUUAUCACACUAUUAUUUUAUUAAAGAAAUUGAUGCUACAUUAUUGUCUAAAUAUACAUUCCAUUUCCCUUCUCAUUUAACUGCCUUAACUAUUGUUCAAUACAAUGCAAUUCAAUGUAAAUUACCAUCACUAAGAAAAUUAAGUUGUUGUGAAUUUAUUCCUUCAGAAUUUAUUACAAACUUAACUUUUUUAGAAACUAUAACACUCCCACAUUUUCCAAUUCUUUUAAACCUAAAAGAAUUAGGAAUUAGUGGAGGUUUAAAUGAUCAAGAGAUACUAAGUACAGUUACUUCAUUAACGUAUAUGAAUACUAUUGAAUUUGAUUCUCAAUAUCUUGUUUCAUUAAAAUAUCUCAAAACAAUUUCACAAAAAUUGCCUCCUUUAAAUAUUGAAGUAUUAGAUAUUGAUUGUAGCUCUUCUUCUGUUGAUUUAAUAAAUCAAAGUUACUUAACUAAACUUGUUAUUUGGAAUUUAGAACAACAACCAUUACUUCCAAAUACUCUAAAAUCACUUACUUUAAUAAAUGCCAAUUAUUCAGAAACAAUUCAUUUAGAUAAAUAUACUUCUGUGACAUCAUUAAUUAUUAGUGGGUCAACAUCAAUAUUAAUUGUUCCAUCUUUUCUUAAAGAACUUUACAUAAAUGAUUAUUUUGGGUCAAUAGUUAAUUGUCAUGAACUUCAUUUGAAGAGUUUUGGUAUUAGUGGUUAUGUUUCACCAGUUUUGGUUGAUAAAUUAAACAAACAAACCAACUAUUAA